UCAUCCUUAAACUCCAAAAGAGAAAAAUACCAGACAGAAAAGGAACCGAAUUAUGAUUUUAUUAAACAGAAUGUAAACAGUCAUUUGAAAACAAAGGGCAAUGCAAAUUGUUGUGUAGUCACACAACAUUCCUCUUGGAUUUGAAGUUCACCAGCAGCAGUUCCACCCCUUUUGAAAGUACAGCCUGACGUCUGGGCUGCUCAGCCUGAGCAGCUGCUGGAGCUACAAAGCCUGUUUUCAUCCUCUGCCAGGAUGGGAGUGAUAUGGCUUCCCAACCCAUCCAGGAUCCUGUGUUUUUCCUUUCAUAUUACCCUCCUUCUGCUUCAACAGACUACUGCAGAAAGGGAACUGAAGUUUGUGGUUGCAGUUUUCCGACAUGGUGAUCGAACACCAGUUGUAAAUUUUCCAACGGAUCUACACAAGGAAAGUGAAUGGCCCCAGGGAUUUGGACAGCUUACCAAGACUGGAAUGCAGCAGCUAUAUGAACUUGGACAAUACAUGAGGGAAAGAUAUUCCAGCUUUCUGAACAGCACAUACAACCGGCAAGAGUUUUACAUCCAAAGUACAGAUUAUGACCGCACCAUUAUGAGUGCCCAGUCAUACCUUUCUGGCCUCUUUCCACCAACUAGCAGCCAAAUUUGGAACCCUGAACUUCUCUGGCAACCCAUUCCAGUUCAUGUCAUUCAAAAAUCAACAGAUCGGAGGCUGCAUUUUCCUCUGCGUGACUGUCCCCGUUUUGAUGAACUUCAGAAUGAAACACAAACAUCAAGUGAAUUUCAAAGUAGAAUACAACCAUACAUGGAUUUUUUACAAACGAUGGCAGUUAACACAGGACUCGAACUAAAUCAUCUUAAAAUACUGGAUAACUUCCAGCUCUGGAAUACAUACGACACUCUUCACUGCGAGGGUAUUCACAAUUUCACUCUCCCUGUAUGGGCUACCAAAGAUGUAAUUGACAAGAUGGAAAAACUGGCAGAAUUGUCCUUAUUAUCACUAUUUGGGAUUUAUAAGACAGAAGAGAAAUCACGACUGCAAGGAGGUGUCCUUGUGAAUACUAUUUUAAAUAGUAUCAAGCAAGCUGCCAAUUCUACAAAACAAAGAAAAAUGGAGGUCUACUCUGCACAUGACACCACAGUUGGGGCCCUCCAGAUUGCUCUCAAUAUUUUCAAUGGAAAACUGCCACCAUAUGCUGCUUGCCAGUUCUUUGAACUCUACCAAGAAAGUAGUGGGCGGUACACUAUUGAAAUGCAUUAUCGGAACGACUCCUCAAAGGCUCCUUACUUACUGACCCUGCCAGGAUGCACCUCUUCUUGUCCACUUGAGAAGUUUGCUGAACUAGUUUCUCCUGUGAUUACAGAAAACUGGUCAAAAGAAUGUGGGAAUAAAGACAAAAUGAAAGAUAUUUUUGUUGGCUUUGAUGUUGCUGUUGGCUUGUUGUUCAUCUUUGACCUUGUGCUGCUCUACCUCCUCUAUCAUUAUGGACGCUGCAGGCGCAGAAACAACUACCAAGACAUUUAAAGGGGAGGUAAAGAAAAGAAAGAGAGAGCAGCAAUCCAUUAAGUUAGUUAUAUCCCUCAGUUUGCUGUGGCCAAAUUAAUCUCCAAAGCAUAUUCCAAAAGUCUGAAGAGCUGAGGUAUCUGUGGCCUAACUCCUAAACCUCUAAACAUCUGCAGGGAGAAAUAAUGUAGAAAUACGUUAUUGCUAAGAGUUCACUCUUGUAGGAAGAUGGAAUUACUUCAGUUUAGCGCUUAGGUUUUCUACUAUUAUUAAUCACUCUGAAGUUAAGUAGUGGGGUGAAGGGAUGCUAUUGCCUAUGCUUUUUCUUCUCAUAUUGCCUAUUACUAUUUGUCCCUCUGCUGCUCAACGAGUCUCUUGAAAAUCACCGUCUGUAAUAUUUUCCUUACAUCUUAUAAAUGGCUAUUUUCUUGAUGCACAAGGGAAUGUUUUCAGUGAGCAGAAGCUGCAAUUACUGUGUGAAAAGAUUCAAGCCAGUACUUGGGCAGACUGCUUCUGCAUUUAUUCAUGCAAAUCUAUGCAUGAGUUUUGACCUUGGCCUUCAGCUAAUAAAGGUCUGCAGCCUGCUUUUCAACAGCUCUGGUUUAGUGCCUUGUCAGUGUUAAGAGUUGGACACAAUGAUCUUAAAGGUCUUUUCCAACCUAAUUGAUUCUAUAAUUUAUUUCUUUGAGCCACUUUUACACUAAUUCCUGAGGUAUCACUCUGUUUAUCACCUUUCAUUUUAAUUUACAGUAACACCUUUAACUCCUUGUUCUGUUCAAAAUCCCUUAUGUUAGCAAGACCUGCACUGAAAGUAAGAAAACAAUGAUUCUGCUUUUUGUAUGCUCAUCUCUUCCGUGCAAUGUAUUUUGUUUAGAUUGUAAGCUCCUAAGGGCAGGAAAUGUGUUCCCAUAAUUGCUCUCUAGUACCAUAAACUAGUAUCAUAAGCACUAAUAUUGCUGUAUAAAAUACUGCUUAUCAUCACACGUUUCAAGGACUGAACCAAGAUGUUUUUAUCCUGUAGUCCUGCAGAGGAUACUGUGAACCACAUUGCCAUGGAGAAGCCUUUUUAUAAAUCAAGGCAACUAUACAGACAGGUGAUAACAGCAGGUUCAGCCCAACAGAUAUAAUGAGCAAUCAUGUUCAGGCUAAUGAGUCCUGUUUUGGUGCAGAAGUUUAGAUGGAGCUGCUUAGCUCAGGGAUAGAAGCACCCCAUCAAUGUGAACAGGCAGCUUCUAAGCUGACUUUGAUGCACAUCUGUAGCUUGCAAGGUGGAGCCUAAGAGCUUGGGUCAACUACCACAGACCUAGAGAUCAGCCCUCUAUAUUACAGCUAUGGACACAGUUAAAAUGUGCUGGAGUUAGGUGUAUGAUAUUAAAUAGCAUAAAUAAAAGUAGCAAAGGCUUGUGGGAAUACAGCACUUUGCAUUUUCUUGUAGUUACUCCAGCUACUGAGGUGUCCAUCUUUUGAGGCAGUAUUCCCACUCAGUAAAGUUUUUACUAGUAUCUCUGACAUUCCUAUUUUAUCUGAUUUAAGAAAUAUAAUCAAGUGAUGGACUUGAUUCUUACAUGGUAAGGAUGUUUUAUUGUAUAACAAUUUGAGGGAAAGCUGUCAAAGGAUAAAAGGCUAUCCUUAAAUCAGAUGUUUUGGAUGUACAAGCUUCACAUUGUAACUAGUAGCUCUUAUCCUCAGUGCAAACAGUUAAAGGAAUGUCUACAUUGCAGUCAGAAGUGUUACAGCAGCUCUAGGAAACAAGCCUGGGCUGGCUUGGUUAGUAUUAGCAGUUUACUCAGAAUAGGGAAAAGCUCAGGACAAACUACAAAACUGAUCCUGGGUCCUGUAUAUGUAUCUACUCAGUGAUUACCUGAUGCUGAGCUCUGUAUUACCAUGGUCACAGUGCUGCUGGUACUCAUUGAAGGGUAUACCGAAUAUGUCUUUUACUAGAGGCAGUCAGAUGCUUGACAAGUGAAGAUGUAUCACUGACUGAUAAUGUACAGUAAGAACUGGCUGUGAAAUAGGAGAAAGUCAGUUGGAGUCCACAAAAAAAAGAAUGGGGUAUGUUUUAUCCAAAAUUGGUUCUUACAAGAAGUACAUCUGGACAGAAAGUAAAAUGUGAAAUGUUUGAGAUAUCUUCUGUGGGUUAUGCUUCUCAAGCCUAAGCUGUUACAGAGGAUUUCAGGAGAUGAGGUAAUUCUAGCUGUGGCAGGAGCUGUCAUUAAGUAAUCGUAUUGUAGGUACAUCUUUUUGUUAACAGUCAUGCUUGAAAAUGUCCUUUAGAAAGGAUGUAGCAAACACAAGUUACGCAGAAUGUAAUGGAGAGGUUCAUAUGAUAUAACUUCACAAUUAAUGAAGGAACAAUAAAGAUGUAAUACAUUAGUAACGUAGGCCCUGAAUCUCACUUAUAGUAAAGAUGCUUUGUCUUGCUGUGAUUAAAUCAAGCCAAAUUUCUCCAAUGGAGUAAAAGGUUGUGUCAGACAAGCUUGUGGAUUUCUUAAUUUUUCAGCCCUAUUUACAAUUUGCUUGGUAUAAUUUGCAGACUGCUUGUGACUAGAAAAUAUCUCCAGGCAACUUGUAGCACUGCAAUAAAGUACAUUAUAGAAA